AUGGCGGAAUCCGGUGACCGUCCCUCGUACAGCUGCGGGAAUUGCAGAAAUCCUCUUGCCUUCCAUAGUGAUCUACUCUCUAAAGCUUUUAAGGCAAAAUCAGGACAGGCAUACAUGUUCUCUCAUGUGAUGAACGUUGUUCUGGGACAAAAAGAAGACAGGCAGUUGAUCACUGGGAAGUACACAAUUGCCGGUAUCUUCUGCAGCAAUUGUCGUCAGGAGUUGGGUUGGAAAUAUGUGAGAGCUUUUGAUCCAGCUCAGAGGUACAAGGAAGGGAAUUUCAUAGUUGAGAAAUUGAAGCUUGCAAAGGAAUAUUAA